AUGUCAGGAAUAAACAAGCGAGCAUUAGAGAGAGACUAUAACUAUAGCACCUUCUGUCAAUGGACAGACGACGACUUCUACGAGUGGUCCAUUAGUCUAUUUGGCGAACAUACGACCAAGAUGCUGAAGAAACAAGAGGUGAACGCAGAAGUGUUAUGUGACUACACGGAGGAUGAACUCAAGGCACUUGGAAUCUUGUCUGGGUCGAUAAAGAAGAUCAUUAAGUUCAUACCAUCGAUCAAGAAGGCGAUUGAGGAUUAUACAGUGAUGAGCGACCCCAGCAUAUACACCCCCAUCAAGCGCGCCGAGGUGGUCUUCAGGAGCUUUCUCGCACCUGGCAAGACAACAAUCCCAUUUAGCUCAUUGACGGCAACACAGCUUCCACCUCUGACACGUGGCGUACUCGAGUUCACCAACAUUCAACCGCUAUCUGGUGGGGAAGUUGGUACAUACCUUGAACAUCUUAAUUCGAUGAUAGACGCCGGCUUUGCACUCAAUGGAACCAAUGAGGCGACAAGGAAGAUUCACGUCAGUUUCUUGUUGGCAAAUGCUUGCAACAUCUUCAAUGGGUCGAGGCCGGCACCCAUCGCCCGUGUGGAGGCGGAGAGUCCAUUGGGAAAUAGCACUGCCACCAUUACUCGUGGUGUAGCCGAUUACAUCAUCUUCGUUAGGAAGGUUCCCAUCUGUGUGAUUGAGGUCAAGAAUCAAAACUUCGACAAAGGGUCGCUACAGGUCAUAGGAAGUGCACACAAUAUCUUCUCCACCCAUGGUAGGGAGAUCAAAGUCGUCUAUGGCAUCUUGACCGAUGGUAUCACAUGGGUUUUCCAGCAAGUGCGUCCGGGCAAUGUCAAUGAAUCGAUGUUGGUACACCCUGUCCUUGAUAGGUUCAGGUGGACUGAUGACAUGGUCAAGAACACUCUCACAAGAAUCUGUGCGCUGUUGGACAUGAUCGAGACGGAUAUUGGGGACAUUGCACCUGCACCGACGAUAACGACUACAACAACCAAGUAG